AUGAAGAUCCCGGUUCUUCCUGCUGUGGUUCUUCUUUCUCUUCUGGCGCUCUACUCUGCCCAGGGUGUUCCCCUGGCUGGCUCGGAGGAAGAAACCACCAUUGGUAAUUAUGCCGCAGGACCCGAGGCUUUUAAGACCGACGAGUUCCUGAACUGGCAUGCCCUCUUCGAGAUGAUCAAAAAGAAGCUUCCUUUCCUCAACUGGGAUGCCUUUCCCAAGCUGAAAGGAUUGAGGAGCGCAACUCCUGAUUCCCAGUGA